AUGGCGUGGACAAAACAACACAAUAUAAAGCCGGAUCGGUCAGGGCCCGGGGAUAAAACAACGACCGCGCACUCCACCGCCAGUCUCCACAGUGGAUGUGACAAGUUCGCUACUGAAGCUAAUCCAUCGAUCAAGUUGGCAACGAAGGGAACCACCAUAGGAACAUGGGACGUAAGAACACUCAAUACGUGCGGCAAGGUCCAUGAACUGACGCGUGAGCUGAGGCGCUACCGUUGGGAUAUCCUCGGACUAGCCGAGAUUAGGUGGCUAAGAUGUGACAAACAUCAACAGAAGAAGGGCAUACGAUGGUUCAACGGUGAGGAUUCUAUACAUCGCAACGGGGUCGCUUUCAUCGUUAGGAAGGAGGUCUACGCACCAACAGAUGACUACAAAGGCGAUGAGAUAGAACUAUAUGAAGAAUUAGAGCGCAUCAUAGUCGAUGUCCCCAAGAAAGAUAUCCUCAUUGUACCAGGCAACUGGAGCGCCAAGGGUGGAGCAGACGCAUACCAAGACUUGCCAGGGACAUGCUGA